AAAUUUAUUUUUAUUAAUUUUGAAAUUUGAAACUUUCACUUUUCAAUUUUUCAUACCUACCUAUUUGAAUUUGGUAAAUAUUCGACAUACGUGCUUGUACCUCAUAAAUAUUAUGCACAGUUCCAUAUGAAUUGAAAUGAGCUACGGAGAAAGGUGCUCACUGAAGUAACUCGAAGAAACACCGAAAUAUUCUGAAGGUACUUUCUCGUUUCAUUCUUAUUGGUAUCUCGUAGCGUGGAAUGUGAUGUUUCGGAGCUUCAACAGACUCUUAAGAAAGAUGUUCGACGAACCAUUAUCCGAUUCGGGAAGGAUUGGGCCAGAGUCUUUCAUUUACUCCUACAGAUCUGUUAAAUCAUCUUCAGAGCAAAGACAGAUUACUUUGGAUUAUUUAGAAAGAGUUCUCAAAGACGAAUCUUCAAUCAAAGCUAAAGAAUUUCCUGCUGAUGCAGAAUGGAUUAACACAAAUAGCCCUUUAUCCCUUCACAAAGAUUUGAAAGGAAAGUUGGUUCUUCUGGACUUUUUCACUUACUGCUGCAUUAACUGUAUGCACGUUUUGCCGGAUUUGAAAAUUUUGGAAGACAAAUUCUCCAUUGAAAGCGGAUUUGUUGUGGUAGGUGUUCAUUAUGCAAAAUUCAAAAACGAAAAGCAGACAGGAAAUAUAGUCUCGGCUGUAAAACGGUACGGAAUCUCGCAUCCAGUAAUAAACGAUUGUAACGGAAUAAUGUGGGAUAAUUUUAAUGUCAAUUGUUGGCCUUCUUUAGUUCUGAUAGGACCGAAUGGAACUAUACUUUUGGUGCUACACGGAGAAGGUCAUUUAGAUUUUCUGACUAAUUUCAUCGGAGAAACUUUGUCCUUUUUGAAUUGUAAAAAGUAUCUUUCUGAUCACUCCCUUCCUCAGAUUCAGAUAACCAAUGAAUUGACAAGUUUCGGCAUGUUGGCUUAUCCGGGAAAAAUCGCUUAUGACAAAAGUAGUAAACGUUUAGCGAUUUCGGACAGCGGUCAUCAUCGUAUUUUAAUCACCGAUAAAAGUGGUUUAGUUUUGCACACUAUUGGUGGAUUAGAUCCGGGCUUUGAAGACGGCAAGUUCUCAGUGGCAAAAUUCAAUUCUCCACAAGGAGUGGUAUUCAAAGAGUCCAACUUGCUGUAUGUAGCUGAUAAUGAAAAUCAUGCUAUAAGAGAGAUUGAUUUAGAUAAUGAGCUUGUUAAAACGGUCGCUGGUAAUGGCACCCAAGGUAAUGAUCAUGUUGGCGGCAAGUUGUGGGACAAACAGGAGAUUUCUUCUCCCUGGGAUUUAUGUUUUAGUAAGAACACCAACGUACUAUUCAUAGCGAUGGCAGGCCAUCACCAGAUUUGGGCUCUGUAUUUAUGCGACGAUGAUCAAACUUUUUUCAAAAAAGGCUCCAAAGGCCAAUGCAAAUCGAUCGCUGGUUCAGGACGAGAAGAAAAUCGAAAUAAUCACUACGCGCAUGCAGCUGCUUUCGCACAGCCUUCUGGUCUGGCUUACUCUGCCGAACGGCAUUCAAUUUUUGUAGCCGAUAGUGAAAGCUCCUCUGUACGAGAAUUAAAUUUAACUACUGGUCAAGUUAGCGGCGUCGUUGGAGGAAAUAAAAAUCCAUUGGAUUUAUUUGCCUUCGGCGAUAAAGAUGGUUUUGAUUUUGAUGCGAAGCUUCAACAUCCUUUAGGGGUAUCUUGGGAUGAAAACAGUAAAAAACUGUAUAUUGCAGAUUCUUACAAUCAUAAAAUCAAAAUUGUCGAAUUAUCUACGAAAAAUGGUUGUUCAACUGUCAAACUGGAUACCAAGUUGAACGAACCAGCGGGUAUUUCUAUGUUUGAAAAUAAUCUUCUUAUUGCGGAUACCAAUAAUAAUUGUAUCAAAUUGUACAACCCAGAGAAUUCAUCCGUUUCGCUGUUCCCAGUUUCUUCAAUGGAAUCGAGCAAGCCAAAACAUAUAAACGCUGAAAAAUCUGUCGAAAUGGACACCAGUACGAGAAAAUUCAACUUGGUUUUAAAAAUUGACAAACCAUCGUCAGUUUGUUACACAGAAAAUGCCCCUUCAUUUUGGCGCAUCAGUUUUACUGAUGAAAGUUGGGGAAAAAGCACGAUUGACGAAAUUCGGAUGGACUUCAAACCUACAGUGAAUACUGAAAUUACUAUACCGCUCUCCGAAAAUGCAGUGAAAGUUCUAAUCGACGGAGUAAUAUAUAUUUGUCGAAAUUCGGUGUGUUCUGUUGAAAAAAUAUGUUAUGUUGUCAACAUCAAACACUCCGCCCAUUCGAAUAACGAUGCAGUUUGCGAAUUUACCCAUGUGAUAUCGUAAAUAAUAAUCUAUCGUAAUUGACAAUCAGUUUAACUUGUUUUUAUAAUAUUCGGUUGCAUUUUUUCUCAUGCAUUUGACUCAAUUAAAUAAUCUACUUAUUA